UGCAGAGCGAAGCAACCCUCGCCAGUCAAGAAAGCAGCAAAAGUAUUUCACCAUGGAAGUGGAUGAUGAAGAAAACAUGAGAGUAACCUAUCGAGCUUUUGCUGGAGGAUGUUAUAAAUGAAAAUUUAGCAACCAUUCCAUCAACUUUGUUAGCUGGGUUAAGUGGUGUGUGUUUGCUCAAUUUAGUGGUAGCUGACAAGGUUUGGAACGCCUCGGAAUUCCGCCGUAAUAAAAGGCACGUGUUUAAGAGAAGCUAUACCUUUACAGUCCCUGGAGGCGAUAAUUGAUGGCUAUCAAAUUAUUUCCGAUAACUUUCUAUUAUCUACAUGUACAUACAAUGUAUCCUAUAUAAAUAGCUCUGUGUCUCUUGGCAACUGAGUUUUAAGUACAUAUAAACUGUUUGUUUUCAAACCUUCUAAAUUGGGUUUGUAGGACUUCCUCCCAUACGUUGACAUUAACCCAAGUGUAGCUAAAUGUCUUUGACGGCUGUACACAAAGUGACAAGUACCAUUUGCCAACAGUGAUCUAGAUCUCCCGGUUGGUUGUAAAUAACUCCUGAUUGUCAUAAUAAGCUUCAUAUAAACUUUAUAUGGAUUGAAAGCAUUUCUAUAGAGAACAAAAGACUUCAAGGCUUUUUUAGAACGUUUUGAUUACAUUUUAAAUGGUGAUUUAGCAUUUGCCAUUAGGAGAAAAAGAUAUUUCGUGACCACACAUCACUGAACCAGUGACAAAGAUAGAUAAAGGAAUCUAUAAAUUUUGCAUUUACAAGAUCCUGCAACGAAGGCGUUGUAAGUUACUCUUUCUGGGCACCGCAGGUUCAAGCAGCACUGACGUUAAAGAAAAUCGUAACAUGGACGGAGUGUCGACAAAGGAUAGGGAAGGCCAAGAGGUCGGGGAGUGGACUCCACUAUCCAAUGGGGGUGAGGGACGCAACAGAAAACGACCCCUGGAGGAAGGUAACAAUGGCCAUUCCAAGUUUCGUCCGAAGAAGAGGAAGAAAACACCCGGGCCAGUGUUACCAAAGAAUGCUCUCAUGCAGCUGAAUGAAAUAAAGCCAGGUUUGCAAUAUAAACUUCUCUCUCAGUCUGGACCAGUUCAUGCACCGGUUUUCAUUAUGACCGUUGAGGUUAAUGGCCAAGCCUUUGAGGGUUCAGGACAGACUAAAAAGAAAGCCAAGCUUCACGCAGCUGAAAAAGCUUUACGAUCCUUCGUGCAGUUCCCCAAUGCGUCAGAAGCCCACAUUGCAAUGGGAAGGACUCUAGCUGUAAAUACGGACUUUACGUCCGACCAGGCCGACUUUCCGGACACAUUGUUUAAUGGAUUUGAGAAGCCCGAGCAGUCUGAUCAUACGUUUUUCUUGGGCUCCAAUGGGAAUGAACUCUAUAAUUCUACAAGUGACUAUAACAUGUCAUUGGCUGGGUCCUGUAAUCUAAUCCAGUCUCCCCUUCCAGCCCUAUCUAUAUUCCCACCGUCCAGUGGGAAAAAUCCUGUAAUGAUCUUAAAUGAACUGCGGCCUGGUCUGAAGUAUGACUUUGUCUCAGAGAGCGGAGAGAGCCACGCUAAGAACUUCGUCAUGUCCGUCACUGUGGACAACCAGACGUUUGAGGGGUCUGGGAGAAAUAAGAAGCUUGCUAAGGCUCGGGCGGCUCAGUCAUCCCUGGCCUCGUUAUUUAACAUACAGUUGGACCAGACCCCCUCCAGACAACCUAUUCCAAGUGAGGGGCUACAGUUGCACUUACCCCAGGUCCUGGCGGAUGCGGUUUCACGUCUGGUGGUGGACAAGUUCAGCGAGCUCACGGAUAACUUCACAUCCCCGCAUGCACGGCGAAAAGUCCUAGCUGGCGUUGUCAUGACAACAGGGAUUGAUGUGAAAGACGCCCAGGUCAUCAGUGUGUCCACUGGGACAAAAUGCAUCAAUGGAGAGUAUAUGAGUGACCGCGGCCUGGCUCUCAAUGACUGCCAUGCUGAGAUCGUGUCUCGCAGGUCACUACUUAGGUUUCUCUACAUUCAGCUUGAGUUAAUGCUAAGCACAAAAGAAGAUCAGCAAAGAUCCAUAUUUAUGAAGUCAGAACGCGGUGGCUUUAGGCUGAAGGAUAAUGUCCAGUUCCAUCUGUACAUCAGCACGUCGCCGUGUGGGGACGCACGCAUAUUCUCACCACAUGAAGCUGGGCAGGAAGAUCCGGGCGAUCGCCAUCCAAACCGCAAGGCGCGAGGACAGCUCCGGACAAAGAUAGAGUCUGGAGAAGGUACAAUCCCUGUGAGGUCCAGCAGCACCAUCCAGACGUGGGAUGGAGUAUUACAGGGAGAGAGAUUGCUGACAAUGUCUUGCAGUGACAAAAUUGCCAGGUGGAACAUUGUGGGCAUUCAGGGUUCCUUGUUCAGUCUGUUUGUCGAGCCAAUUUAUUUUUCCAGUAUUAUCCUGGGCAGCCUGUACCACGGCGAUCAUCUCUCACGGGCCGUGUACCAGAGGAUAGCGGAUAUAGAAGACUUGCCGCCACUCUAUGCGCUCAACAAGCCUUUACUGAGUGGUAUUAGCAAUGCUGAAGCCCGACAGCCAGGCAAGGCUCCAAGUUUCAGUGUCAACUGGACAGUGGGAGACACCGGCCUUGAAGUCAUUAAUGCCACCACAGGCAAGGAUGAGAUGGGCCGCGCGUCGCGCCUGUGCAAGCACGCGCUGUACAGCCGAUGGAUGCGCAUCCAUGUAAAGCUUUCCUCCAGUAUGAGAUCUAAAAUCGGAAAACCCAACUUAUACUACGAUACAAAGCAGUCGGCCACCGAAUACCAAGCGGCAAAGGAGUGUGUCUUCAAAGCCUUCCAGAAGGCAGGACUUGGAGCCUGGGUUAAAAAACCUAUAGAACAGGACCAGUUUCCUCUUACUGUGUAGACCCACUAUAUUAUCCGUAUUUGUCAGGCAGGGGUAUAUGGACACUGUUUGUAAACCUCGUUAUGAUUUCCUCAUGUCUCUGAUGUGCCAAUCAUACUCAACUGCCUUUUAUACUUCCCAACCACUCCACAUCCAAACCCUCUACCCCCCCCCCCCCCACUUCCUACCCAACCCAAUAACUUCUAGGACAUACCUUGCGCUAGAAGUGUGAUUUUAUUUAUUCCUUAGUGACCAAAGGCAGCAUCAUUUUAUUUUAUUUUUAGUUUAUUUUUAAUUUUUUUUUUGUGUGAAGCACCUGCCUCAGUUUUUAUUUUAAGUGAAAUGCGUCUCUGGCUGGUUCUCUGAAUCGUCUGUAAAUUGUAGAUAAUUACAACAGCACCAGUGUGCUAAACAGUGGGCAGCUGAAUCGAUCUUGGAAAAGUGAUUCUUUCUUCAUUGCAGAUAUGUUAUUGGUAAUGGUUCUACACUGUAUUAUUAUUAUUAUUAUUAUUAUUAUUAUUAUUUUUUUUUUAAAGUUUGACGACCUAUUUUCUUUUUGUAGUGAAAUCUAGCCUGCUGUUGACCCUAAAGUAACCAGCAAUAUCUCCGUUUUUAGUUUGUAACCUUUUACCUAACCCUACAAACGUUUUACUGUCUGAAGAAGUCGGAUAGCACCCUUUUGCGGUUCUUAGAAAAAGGGUUAAAAACCAGCUGCUAACAUUUGUGUCCCAGUUGUCUGUCUAUGUGCUGUUUUUAGAUUUCUCUGCAGCUUUUGUGUGUGCUUCUCAUUUACACAAGUGAAUUCAGAUUUUUCACCAUUGGUUAACUGGAAAAGAACGCAUUUGUGUUUUCCUUUGAUCUCUAGACUGUAGUUGUGAGACACAAUUUGAUCUCUAGACUGUAGUUGUGAGACACAACGUGUUUGCUCAAAGUGCAGCAAUAUAUGCAUGUAUACUACAGAUAUUAUUCCAGAAAGAAGCCCUUCAUGGAAAUCUUCUGGUAGGAAAGGAACAUUCGUGUGCACUUGCCUAUAUUUUGUGUGUGAUGUCCUUCUACCAAAAGAUCUUGCUUUUAACAUACUUUAGCGUAACGUUGUUCGAGAUGAAACGAGAUGUCUGCUUAGUAGCAUGAUUUUACCACUUUAAAAAUAUAGGCAUUUUAUCUCAGAAGCUGACAAAUGGGGCUCGUUGGCAACUCGUUAGCGGUGGCCUAGCUAAGAGUUCUCAGUGGUAGUCCGUCCACACUUGCUGUAUCUCAUUAACCUAUAAAUGUGUGCAAUUGUGGAUCAGCGGUAUCGAAACAUGGCAUGUGUUUUAAUUGGCGUUUUUAUAUUUUUUGGACACGUAAGUGGAACGUUUCUCACUCUAUCAUGAUGAUGCAAAAGUUUGUCAUGCCUGCUUACUCUAGAUCUAUUUGGGGGGGGGGGGGGGAAGUUGUCAAUAGUGGAGACUCCACGUUCUCUCAAGUUUGUCAUGUUAGGGUUGUUAGUUGUUGGGUCCGAGAGAGAAGCUCUGGCCUGUGUACACAAAACCAGCCAGGAAGACUAUUCUCUCAGAGUCUUGGAUCCCUGUUAUUGGGACAUUCUUCACACUAGACUCUAGUGAUCUGUUUCCUGAGACACCUAAACCACUUUGAUUCUUAAUGCAUUUCAGCAAAUAAAGACUCUCAUGGAGUAAUCCCACAGCAUAAAACCCAACAAACAUACAUCACUUACCUCUCCACAUCUGGUUUUCAGAGUUUUUACAUUGACACCGUGAUACGAUCCUCACUCAUGAAGAACCUGCAGUCCCCACUCAAGUCAUCUGCUGCUGUUUGUACGUAGAAUAUUCUCAAAUCUGUGGGCUCACCUGCUGCGCUUUGUCUGUGGAACAUGCAGAGUAAACUUUUGAGGGUUGUAUGUAACUAAGCAGGGAUUGUGUGUGUAUAUAUACAUAUAUAAAAGACUAUAUCUCUGCA